AUGACCCGCGCCGUCGCCCUCCUCGGCGUCCUGCCCGCCAUUCGCAAGGGAUUCCUCACGACUCUCAUGCUGAGCGGUGUCUUCGACAUGGUCGCUUCCAUCGUGCUCCUGAGCUACCAGCUUGCAUUGACGGAGGGCUUCCAACGAGUCGUCCCCUCAAUCAUCGUCACCUCCUUCUUCUGCGUCGCCUUCCCCGUCUGGUUCCUCUACUCUCGACCCUACUCGAUCCGUUUGCCGGGCGGAGCGGAUGCAACGGCUGGCGGGACGAGGGACAAGGUCGCCAAGUUCUCGAGAUCCAUCGCGGCCGAGUUGAUCUGCCUGGCUGGGACGGGUGUGUGGGUGUUGAUUGCGGUCAGCAAUCUGCAUGCCGAGACUCCCGGCCUGAUUUCGCACUGCGGCGGGUUCCUCAUCUGCCGCAUGCUCCUCGCCGUCCUCUCCUUGACAUCUCUCAGCUGGAUAUGCUUCCUCUUCCUCUGCUGCUCUUUCGCCUACCUCCUCAUCGCAACCCUCUACUUCACCGUCCGCCGCGCCUCUCCCCUCCCCAUCUUUUUAACCUCCUUCCUCGCCGUCGACUGGGAACGCUACUCCGGGCGCCCGGUCAACCGCGCACACACCGUCCGUCGGCCCAAGAAAGGGCGCGAGAACGCCUCGAAGUACCCUGGUAAAGGACGAGUCCUCGAAGGCGAAAUCAGCGACGACCGCUUCAAGCGCGACGGAUCCGAAGCGCCUGUUUUCCCCAACUCGUCCAACAUGACCGACUCGAUGUACGCGACCGACUCGAUUCUCAAUGCUAGCGUGCUCAAUUCGACGGGCGCGCUGGACUGGGACGUCCAGUCGGGCUUUUCGGCGGGUACCAGGCCGAGUACGAUGGUUGGAGUGUCGAGUGGGUUGGCGAGCGAGCCCGCGACGCCGAGGGAUGCGGUGUUUGUGUUGAUGGACGACGAGGGGGCGGAGAAGGCGGAGAAGGUUGAGGCUGGGGAGAAGAAGGCGCUUGAGGAGGAGAAGCGAGAGGGAGGAGGCCGAGUUGGCUCGGCGCUUUGA